AUGGUAAUCAACAUCGAAAAAUAUUUAGACGCGUGGAUCGCGCGCGAGCGAAACAACUCGAAUGCCGACAAUGAGCGCAUCGACGUUUUGCUUCGAUUAAAACGACAAAUCAAAUACAACAAUCGAUUUUCGAUGGAGAAAAAGACGAAACACGAUUUGAAAUUGGAAUUGUUUCGCGUUUCGCAAAUCGCUGAAGGUGUCGACAAUCAGAUGCUGGAAUUUAUUAAGAACGUCGAGCGGCGAAUCGUGAACGAAGUGGUUGGCGAAGAGGAAGCUGAAAAUUGGUGUUUGGCGAUACAAUUCAUGGAAGAGAUUCUGGCGAAACGGACGUCGUCGUAG